AGUUGUCAGCAACUUCAUUUUGGCUUAAAGAAAUAUUGCAAUAAUUGUGGGAAAUACACUUCCAAAUCUUAUUAAUAGAGCCAACUCCAUCCAUAACCAUGUUGUUCAACAAUCACCUAAAAGAUGAAGUUAUUUGCGUUAUGAGUCUCUUUGGGAUUAGCAUGAAUAUCUUGUUAGAACCCCAAAUCUUAAUAUAUAUAUAUAUCCAAAGUUUUGCCAUCGUAUAGGGCAGUUGAAUGACUUUCUAAUAAUAGAGUAGCAAUGAUUUAAAAAAGUCCUAAACAUGAUUCAUAUAUCAUGCUUUGCGAAAAAAAUCUUUUAUGCCCUUUUGUAAUUGUGUUAUCUAGCUUUCUCCUUCGUAAAAAACCAAAGAAAUCAGCAGCUUGUGAUCAGUUGAGUGGACCCUUUGUGCCACAGUACUUUCUCCUCCCCUUCAUUUGUUUACAUUUCAUUUAGGGAGUUUCUCUAAACUACAAAAUGGGUUCUUCUGAGAAAAUGAAACGUAUCACCUAUAUGGAUCCAGUCUUGUUCAAAGCUGCAGCUGAAGGUGAUAUCGAUCCCUUUGAGAAAUAUCAAACCUGCCUUGAUCAGUUAUUGACUCCAGACGAGAACACCAUUCUUCAUGUCUACUUAGGAAACCAAAGUAGGGAACCGGAACUCACUGAUUUUGUUGUUAUAAUUCUUGAAAUGUGUCCACCACUGUUAUUCCAAGCCAAUAAGAAAGGUGAAAUCCCACUCCAUUUGGCAGCAGCAUAUGGUCAUUCCAAUGUGGUAAAGGUCCUCAUUGACCGUGCCAAAGCUCUACCUACUGAUUCAGAGAGCGGAGUAACAGAAGCAAAAAAGAUGUUGAGGAUGACCAACGAAGAGCAAGAUACAGCGUUGCACGAGGCAGCUCGACAUCGGCGAAGCCAUGUGGUGGAAAUAUUGACUGAAGAGGACCCUGAGUUUCCAUAUUCCGCCAAUGUUCAUGGAGAAACUCCACUUUAUAUUGCUGCUUCCAUUAUCACGAGGUGGAGGGAAGAACGAGGAAAGGUAGUCGAUGGAAUCCUCGGAAAUUGCAUCUCAGUGGACUAUGGCGGCCCUAAUGGUAGAACUACUCUACACGCUGCAAGCGCGUCGGGAGAUCAUGAGACAGCAAGAAAAUUGUUAGAAAAAGAAAAGAAAUUGACGCAAACAACCGAUGACAAUGGCUGGUCACCACUUCACCACGCUGCUUGUUAUGACUGGUCUCCUCGUAUAGUGCAAGUAUUACUAGAAAAUGAUGCGUCUGCGGCCUACCUUGCUGAAACAGAGAAGAGGAGAACAGCACUUCACAUUGCUGCUAUUCAAGGACAUGUAAACGCAAUGAAAGAGAUUGUUUCUCGAUGUCCAGCUUGUUGUGAGCUAGUUGAUAACAGAGGUUGGAAUGCCCUUCACUAUGCUGUGGCAAGUAAAGAUAGAGUAGCAUUCGUCCAAUGUCUGAAGAUUCCAGAGCUUGCAAGACUUGGAACGAAGAAGGAUGACAAAGGAAACACGCCCUUCCAUCUAAUUGCUGCUUUAGCGCACCAGCAGAAGCAAUGGCAACGUGUUUUAUUGAACGAUAGUUAUGGUUAUAGUGGAAGGGAGACGAUAUGUGGUCUUAAUAAGCGAGAGCUAAGCGUCGACGACAUUUAUGAAGGAAAUUUUGCAGAGAUACAGAAAGAGAUCCUAGAAUCCCUUGAAGAUGUUGGCAAUGGACCGCUUGGCAGCCAGCUCAAGGUUUUGAAUGAACAGAAUGAUAAGAGAAACAAAGAGUUUGAGGAAGCUUUGAGUAAAGCAAGAGAGUCUCAUCUAGUUGUUGCGGCGCUGAUAGCAACGGUAACAUUUGCAGCAGCAUUCACCCUACCUGGUGGUUACAAGAGCGACCAAGGUCCAAAUGAAGGCACUGCAAUUCUUGCUAAAAAAGCUGCUUUUAUAAUAUUUGUCAUAUCUGAUGCAAUGUCAAUGGUGCUCUCUAUUUUUGCUGUUUUUAUCCACUUUUUGAUUUCGCUGAUUCAAGGUUUGGAAUGGGUUAAGAGAGAAGUGAUAGAUGAGGAUACCACUAUAACAUUAUUUUUGGCUGCCACGUUAUUGACUAUGAUUGCCAUGGGGACGAUGAUUAUCACAUUCAUCACAGGUACAUACGCAGUUCUAGAACCUUUCUUGGGAAUUGCCAUCACCAUCUGUCUCAUUGGUUUGAGCUUCUUCUUCCUUGUGUGUUUAGUGUUUAGGUUCAUUUACAAGGAUUUGAUAGAUGAGGAUGCCACUAGGAUAUUAUUUGGGGUUGCCACGUUGCUUACCAUGAUUGGCAUGGGGAUGAUGAUUAUUGCAUUCAUCAUGAGCAUAUACGCGGUUCUAGAAUCUUCUUGGGGCUUGCCAUCGGUACUUGUCUUAUUGGUCUGAGAUUCUUCUUCCUC